CAAAAAGUUCAACUUUUUUCUUAAAAAAAAAACAAUAUAUAUAGAAAGAUAAAACUGAAAGUAUCCAUGGAUGUCGCUGGUGAAUUCCAUCGAAUAGAAAAAGAUGGUAAACUAUCUUUUGAAUAUCACCAUUCAAAAUACCAUCCCAUACCCCAAAUUCAAAGCCUAUCCUCCUCCAAUGAAACAAUCAUCAACAACCACACAUCUCAAUCUCUUUUCGUAUGUCCAGUUACACGAUGUUGUGUUGCACUUAAUGAGUCACCUGAUAGAUCCACAUUUUCUCCAAUCUUUUCUUCUCCAGAGUAUCUCUUCUCUUCAAUAGAUCAUGAUCUUUACCAUUCAUUACUCCCUUUGUUUUGGUGCAACAAUAAAGACUUCGAAAUAGAUGGUGGGUGUGACAUAUGCAAAGGUUUAAAUUCUGGCACCGAUUAUUAUCUUUGUGACUACUGUAAAGGAAAGUAUCACAGAGAAUGUGUUCAGUCUCCACUUAAAAUAAAAUCUCCUUAUCACCUUCAGCAUUCUCUCCAACUUUGCUUUUAUUGUCCAAGUGCUCGUAUCAUCGAAUGUUUAGUAUGUGGAAGAAGAAUAAGCCGUCUACUAUAUUAUUGUGACAUUUGUCGAGUUUUCAUGCAUUCAGUAUGUGUCAUGAAACCCAUACCCUUUUUUAUAGACCUACCAAAAAGGCAUGAUCAUCCUCUCACCUUUUUUCCUAGACAAACUUCCUUAACUUGCAACGUUUGUGGCUUGUUAAGGAAACUUUAUCCCACAUAUAUAUGUGUCACAUGCAACUUUGUAGCUCAUAAAGAUUGUAUGUAUUUUCCUCGCAUCAUCCAAAUAUCACGUCACCGCCAUCGUAUCUCUUACAAAUCUUCACUCCCUUCCGGAGAAUGGUUAUGUGGAGUUUGUCGCCAAAAUAUUGAGAUCGAUUAUGGUGCUUAUAGUUGUGACAAGUGUUGUAAUUAUGUUGUUCAUUCAAUAUGUGCUCUAGGGAAGGAUGUGUGUGACGGAGAAGAUCUCGAAGGUGUACCAGAAGAAGAUGAUAUAACAUUAGGUGUUGAAUCAUUUGAUGUGAUAUCUGAAGGAGUGAUACUUCAUUUUCUUCAUGACCAUCAUCUCUACCUCCAGGCCAGUACACUUUAUGAUGAGAAUAAGUUUUGUCAAGCAUGUGUUCUACCUAUCUUUGAAGGUAAUAUUUAUUCUUGUAUCGAGUGUGGCUUCAUCCUCCAUGAAACAUGCGCACAAUCUCGCCGCAAAUUACAACAUGCGUUACAUCCUCAUCCACUUACACUGAGGCAUCUGAAUCAAUAUGAAUAUGUUGAAUUCGAGUGCGAUGCUUGUGAUCGUUUUUGUGGUGGGUUUAUCUAUGGGUGUCAUUUAAAGGAAUGUGACUUCGAUCUGGAUAUACGGUGUGCUUCAAUAUCUGAACCGGUUGAUUACCAAGGUCAUGAACAUCCCUUGUACUUAGCUUUAAACUCUGAAGAACAGCCCAUAUGUCAUGUAUGCAAAAUAAAAUGUGGGAAGCAAUUAAAUUGCAUCAUCUGCAAUUUUAUUAUAUGCAUUAAAUGCACUACCUUACCAUAUAAAGUAAGGUAUAAGCAUGAUAAACAUUUUCUCAGAGUUCUGUGGGAGGAAGAAAUAUGUGACAAAAGUUGGUGUGAGGCGUGUGAACAUGAUUUGAGAAAUACAAACACAAAUGUGAUCUAUUGGUGCGAUGAAUGUUGCAUCACCGUUCAUGUUGAAUGUUUAUUUGGUGAUGACCCGUAUCUGAAGCAUGGUCAAUUUUUAAAAGAAAAUGGGAUCAAGCUCCAAAUUCUUUGGAAAAGCAAUACUUCUCGACCAUCGUGCAAUUACUGCAAAAAUCGUUGUCAACACAAAAUAUUUAUGAGAGGUGACAUCGUAGCAUGUUCUAGGAGAUGUGCUCUUAGCGAUUCUUAA